AUGUAAAACAUUAAUUAUCAGGAAAGCAAAUUCUAGUUUGAGUGCUUCAGAAAACACCUCUUGAUGGAUGCUACGUAUUAUGGAUAUCUUCUACCUAACCUAUUGAUUCUGACAACGGUAGUGUGAUUGCUUAUAAAUAAUAGGUCAAAUAGUCAUAGUCACCAAAAUAUAAGGUGGCAUUACUAUUAACUACCUAAAUACAUUUCAUUACGAAAUAGCCAUCAAAUGAGAUUGAAUAGUUUGGUUUUUUGUAUAAAGAACAAUUCAAAUAUUUUUAUGCCAACCCAAAUACCAUUUUGAAACUCAAAGAACUUAUGGCUUGUCAAGCAAUGUUUAAGGAAAUAAAUGAUUUCUAUCAACCCAUAAUUAUGUUGGGUAGGGGAGGCUCUUCAAAAGUACGGCAUCUGAUUUACAGUUUAGGUGUAUUUGGUGAUGAAAAAGAGGAGUAAAGAUCAAUAUGCUUCGAAGUGUGUGGAUAAACGGUACCUAAUAGAGGACGGAGGAUUUGUAAUCAAUCGACAUUUAACUUAGAAUGGAUUAUUUAAUGAGAUUUAACUAAUGCAAAAGAUGAACCAUCCCAAAAUAAUACACUUGGAAGAACUGUACGAAGGAGAAAAUACAUUUUAUUUGAUUUUAGAGUAUUUAUAAGGUUAGAGUUUGCAUGAGUCUUUCAACAAGAGACAAGUGUUAUUUGAAUAGGAAUAAAUAUAAACUAUUAUGUUUGUAAAGAAUUUAAUCAAUAUUAGCAACUCCUAACAGCAGUGCAAUACAUGCAUUCCUUGGGAAUUAUGCACAGAGACUUGAAGCCCGAAAACAUUAUGUUCAAGAGCCAAAACGCCUAUGACGAAUUGAAGAUUGUGGAUUUUGGAUUGGCCACAUCAAUCCAUGCGGAGACUUAUCCCUAUCCGAAGUGUGGAACACCUGGUUAUGUUGCUCCUGAAAUUGCCAACCUAAAAGAUUUAAAUUAAAAAUACGAUUUGAUUUGCGAUAUGUUUAGUGUCGGUUGUAUCUUCUAUAAAUUGUAAAUGCAGUUUAAUUUUUAAGAUUAACAGGCAAAGAUCUAUUCCCAGGACCAGAUUAUUAAGAAAUCUUAAAGUUAAACAAAAAGUGUUCCAUCAAUUAUGAACUCCUCACCUUAUACAGAGCACCAAAGGAGGCGAUUGAAUUGAUAGCAUUGUUUUUAAAGAUUAAUCCUAAAGAAAGAAUUUCAGCCCAAGCUGCUUUAGAACACAAUUACUUUUAAUUAAAAUUUUAAACCAAAAGAGCCAAAUUUUAACAAAGUAAUAAUAAAUAUACUCCUGUCUUUUAAACUCAAAAUUUUAAUCCCAAAGAUAAUCAUUAAAAACAAAACUUUCACAUUGAAGACGAUGUUGUAGAAGAUGAAAAUGCUCAUUCUUUGAAAGUACCCAUUAUGCAAAACAUGAAAACCUUUGGUUAAUUCGUUUGCAAAAUCAAACCAUAAGUUACACCAACUUUGGCUAGAAGGAACUUUAAAAAGUUUUAAACUUCAGACUUUAAUUCGGCAUUGUCACCUAACUCCCCUAAUCCUUAACUAAACGAUCAUAAACCAUCCUUAAUCAUAAAUGCUUAAACUCAAGAAUUGAUCAAUGAAAUUAAUACCAAAAAUGAACAUCAAAUUAAUUAAAUGGGUUAAAUAGAUGAAGAACAAGAUGAUUAAUUACAACAAAAUAUAUGA